GAUGGGUUCUGUACCUACUGCGCGUCAGUGAGGCGCUCCAGAAGUUCUGCUACGGAAACAAGGUGCCGUGAUAGAGCAUAAUGAAAUGAAGGUGAUUCAGAAAGAACAAGAGAUAGCAGUGUGGACUCUGUGAGUCUCAGUACUAGAGUCCCCAACUGUGAGAAGAACAGUGGUCAUCAUGAUAGACCUGAGCCACCUGACCGAGGAGGAACAGGAGAUGAUUGUGACGGUUUUAAAGAGGGACGCUGAGUUGAAGAAAGCAGAGGAGGAACGAAUCAAACAGCUCCAGAGAGCCAUCCCAGAGGAAGACAAACGCAAAUUUAUGUCAGGGGAAUGGUUCUACAAAAUGAAGUCACAGAGACACCAGGACAGAAUUCAUGGCUCUGAAAUCAUCAUGGCAUCGAUGAAGCAAAGCAAACCCUCAGUUGUCGAGUAUUUAACCAAGUCGUGGGGUGGCAGAUCUAGAAGCAUCAGCCGAAAGGACAGUGAUGGCAUCAUGACGUCACCUAAAGUAACACAAACUACUGAGUCUUCAGAGGAGCUAAAGAAGAGGGAAAAUGGAGAGAUGUUAGAGGUCCAGCAAGAAAAACUAAACAUAGGCAUGAGAUCGCCAUCCAAGCCAAGGCACAACCCAUUCAACGGUGAUCCAACAGAGCUUGAUUUUACAUCAGGACAUGAACGCAGGAAUUCAUUAGACGGAGGCUCUGAAUCACAAGUAAAACUUCAGGAAGCAAGUCAUGGUGAAGUUAAAAGUGAGGUCUUUAACAUCCCACAAAACCAACCUCCUGGUCAAAAGCCUGUGCCAAAGAAAAGGACCAAAAUCAACAAACCACAGAGCUCUGUCUCAGACAGCACCAGCUCUGUGUCCAUCCAGAGUGUGUCCACCACAGCAGGCUCAGGUAUCAGGUCUCCGCCACCAAGAAGUAUCCUCAAACAAAGCUCCGAUGAGCCCACUCUCAAGAGUCAACUGCGACAACCAGUAGUAUCCCUAAGCUAUGUUUACCAAAACAGAAGUCAAGAAAAGGAUCUAGAAGAAGCUAAACUUUCUCUGGGUGGUACAGAAGAAUCAAGUAGCAAAACUGAAAACAUAGGGCAAUUUAGCUCUCCUUCACCACUGAAGUUGCAAAAGUCACGUUUACCAGUUAGAGCUUCAUCGCAACUGAUAAACCCUCCACAAGUCUUACAAGAAAAGCCAAAGAUAAAACCACGUCUAAGUCUGAACUCUUUCACAAGAGCAGAUGAUGGCAAAAAAGUGGAAGAACUUCUAAAACGAAGAGGAGACACAAAUAGUUGCCUUCCUCAGACAGCAAGUAUGGAAUUAGAGGGCCAAAACAUUUAUGAUGAAAUUGACCUUCCUCAUGAGAAUGCAAAGUUCUCGUUGACAGACAACUCUAAAAAGCCACUGGAUGAGAUCACUGCCCCGCAACCUACACUGCACAAAUCUGGGAAUCUGGACAAUUAUAUGAGUCCAUAUCAAAAAUUGGAAAAGAAAAGAACUGAAGAAAAUAUGAAGAAAACUGCUGUUGAUCAACAAUUUCCCAGAUCCCUCAACAUAACAGAUACGUUCAACAAGACAGAUGCCUCUACUGACUUUGAGCCUGACCAUAUCCUCCAUGUCUUCAAUGUAAACCAAGAGACUAAUCACUCAAAACAAGAAGAUGCCAAACUGGAAGUCAUGACAGAUGAACAUAUUCCCACACCUACUGACGAACAAGGAGAUUCAGUUGCCAAAGUUCUUGAGUGGUUUAGCAGAAGCUCAGACAGCAGUGAUUGGCUUGAUAUAGAGAGUGAUGUCCAGGACAUGGAGGACGAAACCAAGAUUGAUGACAUAGACUUUGAAGAUGAUGUUGAUCAGAGAGCAAAACCAAGAGAUAAUGUGUACUUGAUCAUACCACGCCAAAGUGAAGAGGUUCCAUCAGAAGUCAAUCCAAUAUUUGUACAACAGACAGAUUGGGGAAAGGAACAGAGUGUUGAUGAGCCUCCCCAGAAUUCUCCAAAAGAACGGAGAAGAUCUGAAUCUGCUUCUUAUAAAGAACCUCCAAAACCUCCAAGAGAUGGCUCCAAAGAGAUGGCUCCAAAGAUCCCAGAGGUGAACAUUUCUGUAGGUGGGAAAGACAUCAGAAAAGAAAUAAAGAUGGGGAAGAUUUAG